UAAAUUUAUGGCCCUAGGGCAAGAGGCAAGCAGCACACGUGUGCGACAUGCCCACACAUUGACACCUUGCCACACCGAGCGGGGCAAGCCCCAGCCCCCAGCCAGCCAACCACACCGCAGCGGCAGUGGCAGCGGCAGCCAGCACACACACUCAUCUAGAACUCGAAACAGUUGCAGGUCCCUUGGCGUAUUUCGUAGUGGUUUUUUGUUAAUGCUGGGCAGGCACAAACGCGCUGACACUGCCGCAUGGAAUCGAAGACGAAGUCGAAGUCGAAGUCCAUGCCCCAUGUCCAUGCCCAUGCCACGUACGUGCGGCCAAACAAAUUACAGGGAAAUUGCGUCACCUGCAGGAAUUUCCACUCAACAUUGUCAAAUGCCAUCAAAAGUUGUUGGACAUGUUGUAACAUUAAUUUGACAUUUUACUGCAUUGGACAGGGGACCGGGAUCGGGACCCAAUCGCAUCCAGGAAUCAGAUGGGAUACCAGUCCACAGCCUGCAUGCAUAUGCAUAUCUGACUAA